ACUUUGAUCACUUGGUUUACCAGUUCUGAGCAAGCCGUGUCACGAAUCCUUUUUGUUACGAUGUACAAUAUUCAUUAUUAUCAGCCUGUACGAUCACUAUGAGAUGACGUCUGCAUGUCCCUUGAGAUUUCUUUAUUUCUUUUUUACUUUCUGAUUUGCAUCAUGUGUGUGUUGUUGGAGAUGUACAAAUGGAGGGUUGUACAGUAUAACCAGACAUGUAUAAAUAGUCCAUAUAAUGAACAGCGAGGUCACAGCAUUUCCGAUCAUCUGUGUGUUUUUUUCCUUAGAAGCUAUAGCUCUUGACAGCUCCCUUUCCGCCCCGGUCCAAGCUCCCGCUUACUUAGUAGCUUC